AAGCGUACUUGUAUAACGUAUAUUCACAUUAUUUUCAGGUCGUUUCUAAGGAAUUAGGGGAAAUGUAUGUCUUACCGACAUUAAAAAAUUAAUGAGCAUAAUUGCAGAAGUAGGAAAGGUUGUAAAAAAAUUUCAAUGGGAAAGAAAACAAAUUUCGCACAGGUCGAUCAGAGAAGAAUUAUCGAAGUUACAUAAAAUCAUCAAGCACGUAAAGUUUUAUUUGUCGUGAGGUUCAGAAGAUCUAUUUUAAGGCUAAUCUUGGGAAGUAUUUUGCGCAGAAGAGAAUUCAGAAUUCCGAACCUGUUGCCGUGAAAUGACGGAAGUCGCUUACCAUCGACAAGAAGACGCCCAUCAUCCGCAUCAUCAGGAACAAUACGCAGGCUCAGACGAUUUUAGGAAUCAAAGGUUCAAUAACCUCAAUACCAUGCAGCAACCAGAAAUAGCGAAAUCAAUUGUCGUUUACAAAAAUGGGGACGGGCAUUUUCCUGGAAGAAAAUUCGUGGUCAACAGAAGACAUAUCUCUGAUUUUGAUGGAUUCAUGAAUUUGGUUACGCUCGGUCUAAAACCACAGUAUGGUGCAGUGCGAAACAUUUAUACACCCUGCGAAGGGCAUAGGGUUCGUGACCUCGCCGACUUGAACGCUGGAAUGACACUCGUAGCCGGCGGUACUGAAAAAUUCAAAAAAUUGCAAUAUAAAGAAAUUACGGCUCCAUCAAGAAGGCCGGCCCGAAUGAAACGAGAUACCGAAACGGUCCGACCUGUUUAUCACAAUCAAAGAAUGAAUGUAGCAGCAAGAUGGAGAGAGGUUCCAAAGGGACCAAUCACAAUAUUUGUUUAUGCAAACAACGACAUCAACAGUCCAGCACAUAAAAUACUUCUUACUCCUCGUAUUUUGAAGUAUCAUGACAAUAUUUUAUCAGAAAUAACAGAAAAAGUUGGUACAAGAAUGGGAGUGGCGGUACACCAAAUAUUCACACUUCAUGGAGAAGCAAUUCACGGUCCAGAUCUACUUGAAAACGGUGGAUAUUACGUCGUAGCAGGACGAGGAGACAAAUUCCAUCCACUACCGUACGGGGAAAAGGCCAAAUAUAUGGCAACGAUGCGCACCGCUAGAAGAGGUCACGUCCAGCUUCCUCCCAUCCGACGGCGAGUGCGUACCAUGAAUUCUACAAAACCUCCUGAAUCUUCUUAUUCUCAAAUGCAUGCAGAAAGACGAGCACGGAAUACCCAACCACCAGGACCAAGAGUACCGCCACCUAAUAGACGAUUGAGACCGAUGAAAGGCGCAGGUCAGCAACCACCCCCACCCUCAGAAAGUGAUUCCGUCUUCCAUGCAAAGCCAGUAAAAGUAAAAAGAUCAGGAGCCAGCGGCAAAAUAACUGCGGUAUCUGCGACAGAAGACGAGGAUGACGUAUUCCGGGCUAAAAGAGAACCGACUAAGGCAGAAGAAGUUGCUGACGACGAGGAUACAAAAGUAGAUCUUCCGAUCGACCAGGUUCCGGCUGACACAGUUGAAGAAGAAGAAGAACUCGAUGUUCCUGUUAAACAUGACGAUGAAAGGCAAGCAACACCUCCAAACAAAACCACAUACGCAACUCGGUUAGAGGAAGAUGACUCCGAGCCGCCACAAUCGUCAAAAACUCCGACCAGCGCGAGUAGAGAGGAACCGGCUUACUCUGCGAGAAGCGAACCAGUUGUUGAACCCGAGGCGGAACCGGAAACUCAAGCGCAUCAGAAUGGAAGCGCUUUACAGCAACCUCCGUCCGAUGAACCAGAACAAAGCCAAGAGAUCCCAGAAUCCAAGAGCAAAGAUGAAAAUGAAGCAGCAACUAUUAUCCAAGCGGGCUACAGGGGUUAUCGGGUCAGACUGGAUAUCAAGCGACAGAAAGUGACUGCGACACCUGUUGAUCAACCAUCGGCGAUGACGGAAAACGAGGAAGCUAUAGCAAGUGAACAAGAAAUUAUAGAAGAACCUGCGAAACCCAACACACCACAGGAUUCGUUGCUUCUUGAAGGCCGUUUGGAAACUUCAGAAGGAGAGAAUAUCGUUACACCAGUCACCAAUAAUCUUGAAACUGAUCAUGAUAACACUUACGAACCGCCAACGGCUGGUAGAAUUUCCGAAACUCAUAAUGAUAGUAGGCCUACUUCAAGCGAGGUUCAAGAAAUACCCCUUCCUAAAACAAACGUCAAUGAGGUUACCGAGGUUGAGAGACCUCCUUCUGAGGUUGGUGAAACUCCAAAUGCAGAUCGAGCUACGCCAGAAAACGCCAACAAUGAAGCCCCUUCCCCGUUUCAAUCGUCAGUAAAAGAAUCCCCACCUGUUGCUCCGGGAUUCGAUAUUUCAUCCGGUAACGAAAUAACCAAUUCGCAACAAAAUAGUCAAACUAGCCUCCAAGAAAAAACUGAGAGUCGACACGACGAACCCGAACACAGCCAAGAGCUACCUGAGCGAGACGCUGGCGACGGAAUUGAGGAAAAUGAAGGCAACAAGGAAGACAAUACAGCACAUAUAAACGGGUCACUUCCAGUAAACGACGAGACAAAAGAUAUCACUUCAAAUGAGGACGCAAUUUCAGCAAGAUCGACUAAAACUGUAAGUGAAGAUGAUGUUACGCCCAGGGCCAAACCUACCAAGGAAGAAGGACCCAUCGCUAAUGGACAACCAGCAGCUAUACUUGAAGGGAAGUAAAAUAAGUUGCGUCAGUUGAAGAAAUAUCCAUUGGCAAUAAUCUCUUGAGUAGCUUCGGUUGUCAACACAAUCUCCAUGUUUUAUUGGUGAAUUUGAAUUGAGUUUCAAGGUAUAAUUUCGAUCAAAGGCGUCAAAACUUCAGAUCAAAUAAUAUGCUCAUUUUUAUUUUUCACAAGCAAUCUGCAGACAACAUUUUUCAUACAAAUAUUGUUGUAUUUGCCUGAUAUAUCGAAGUUUGUUUUCCUAUUUGUAAGUCAAAAAACGAUGUGAUAAGCUGGGUUCAACUGUGGCGUUUAAAAAAUUUUUUAGGAAAUGAAAAACUUAUUGGCAACUAGUGUAUAUUUUAGGAGAUGGAACUGAAUCUAGGAUUAAUUCUUAUUGUUUCGUGUUAGAUUUAUAUGUUGAAGUAAACAGUUAUUUUGUCCCUAUUUUGCAAACACGUUGAAAUAAGUAACCACGUUUUUUCUUAUUAAAGUGUUCUGUAGUGGUGUUGUGAUAAAUAAGAAGAUAACACAAAUAUGUUUUUGCGUCACUUUUUCAUUUUUUUAUAAUUUAGGGUUUAUAUUUUUGUGUAUUUUGCGUAUUGUGUGCACAUACAUACGUUAAAUAACAAUUAUUAGUCAUUAUAUAUAUAUAUAUAUUAUUUUAUUAACAUGUAAACAACUUAUAUUAUAUAUAUCUUUUUUUAUUUAUAGUUUCGUUAGAGAUUAUUAAUGUUGAUGUUACCAUUCUUGAUAUAUUGUUGUUGUGGCUUUCUGGAUGACGUAUUCCAUCCAACAUAUAUAUAUAUAAGCAACUAUACAAUUUCAUUUAUAAGGCUUAUUGAUGUGUAGUGGGCCAGUUUUAGUUAACUUGUGCUUAAAAUAAAAUUACAUAGAAUAUAUCCUUAAUUUAAAUUAUCGCAGAAUUUUCAUUUCAUAAAUGUAUAUAUAUAUAAAGAUGUUUAAGAAAAGAUGUAUCGUUUUAGGCUGGGUGAUCUUUUUUUUUUUAAUCUUUUUCCUAUUCUUGGCCAAUUGUGAGCAUGAAUAACUCGCACUACGUGGGCACUAUUUCCUCGAAUAUUUCCAGUUAAACACUUUGUGCAUUGUUCACAUAUUA